CAGUGCAGCUACAAAGAACAGACCAAUAAUCUGCUCUUACAGCUACACUUUCUGUUUCAGAAAUGAAAUAGCUAUAUGCACGCUCAGACUUGGAAAAAAGUAGGAGAGAAGGUAUGAAGUCUACAAGGUGCUGAACUGAAACGAACAGAUGUGCACCAAUGUGCACUGUCUUUUGUGUCUUUGAUGGUGAGAAAGAAAGAGAAGAGAGAGAGAGAGGAAAAGGGAAAAUUCAAGUCGAAUUAAUGUUACGCGACCACGAUUCAGUGUUCUCUUUUAUUCGAAGCAAAAUGUCGAACAUAUCCGCAUAUGUUUAAUGUCCUUCUAUGUGAUAACAAGUUUCACGUGUAUAUCUGUUACGUUUCAUAACCUAUAUUAAUAUAUUAACAUAUUUCUAUUUAAUCGUUAUAAAAAAAAAUACGGAAUGUCAUCAUCACAUACGACUGAGCUGACCGAGCAGUUGGUUAAAGAUUAUUCUAAUUACGCAAAAGUCAACUGGAAUGACGAGAUGAAAACAUUCCGUGAUAUUAUCGAAGAUACAUUAAUACGCUUAGAGGAGUUUCAGUUUAUCAUUGCAAUGGUGGAGAGUGGAAGUGCAGAAUGUAUGCAACAACAUCUUCCAAAAUUGCAACAUGUGAAGGAUAGCAUGGCAAAUCUUCGCAAAAGAAUAGAUGCUCUGGAGCAUGUUGUUGCAAUGGCCAAUAUGAACUUAAACACAUUAGAAGCUGCUGUAGAUAAGGCAGAAGCCGAACUGGGUGUGUCAGAUAGAUUAUUCAGCAUGCUGAACCCUUUAUCAUUUUUUAAGAAGACUCAGGAGCCUGUUGCUUCUAGCACCAUGCCAAUAUACAAAUCGCCACCUAUUUACAGGUCUGAUGAUUAUUUUCAAAGGGACUAAGCUAUGAAUCCGUGAGAAAGGCAUAGCUUUUAAUGUACCUGCUGCUAGACUUUAGAAAAAUUCUCUGCAAACCCAGAUAAAUCAGUUAUAUCUAGUUACAUUGCUAUAAAGAAGAAAGGACAGUUGAGCAUUGAUGGAUACUUGUUUUUGUGAUACAAGUUCACCAAGCCCUACAGUAAUCAGCAGUUAUUCAGAGUUCAAGGUUUUAUUCUCACUCACUUUUCUCUCACGGACAGUUUAAUCGCCAGUUGUACAAUGAGAUCAUCUUGUUAAAUUUCUAAAUUACUAAAAUAUCCCGUAAUGAUCAGUCUCGUAUACUUCACUGCAUUUUCUGAAUCAUAAAUUUCCCUUGUGUUUCUUGUAUUACAUAGAGCAUAAAAUUCCAUAGAUAACUAGUGGAUAAGAUCAUAUGUUUUUUAACGGUAAUGUUAUUACAGUCGUUAAAAUUAUGUAUAAAAGCACACUAACAUGCGGCGGAAGUGCAAGUCUUGAACUGAGCUUUCUUCUCUCCUAGGUAAGAAUUUCCUCUUGUGCAAUGCUUCUAUCUCAUGAUCAUCCCUGUCCUGCAAAGGACGUUGCAUUUGGAUUGUCCCACUUCUUCUGGGAGUCCCAUAUCUUUGGUUCUCUCCUACUGUUCUUUCCUACCGAAAUAACGUUAUGUUGGUUAUUCAUGAUUAUCCAGUUGUCACCUCAUGUCAAAGCGAAUUGUGAACGAUCGAUGAAUCAAACGGAAUUGUUUUCUCCUUUCGAAGAUGCACAAGUUAUAAUUUUAUAAAUAAGUAAAUAGGAAACAAAUCCACGUCAUCCUGGAAACCAAAUCAAGCAAGUAAACUGAAAAGAUCAAGCAUAUUUCAAUUCGAUUACUAAUACAUCCACUGUUUCUCGGGUGGUUAAUAAUUGAUCAUCGGUCAACUGACGUACAAAAUGAGUUGUAAGCAUAACUAGUCUGCGGAGAAAUUUCCACCCACUGCUCACAAAUACAGUUUUAUACGCGCUCAGUUGAUUGGCAUUGCGGACAGAUAAACUGUGAACCGGUCUCGGAGAAAGUCACCAUCGAUGACUCGUGGUCGCGUGACUCGCGCCGAUUCCAAUGUUUCUGUCUCGUGUGGCUGUAUCCCGUAAUUUAAUCACGUGAAGUGUUUUUGUGUAAUCGCUAAUAAAUUUAAAUUCCGCCGAUUCACCCGAGGCGUUAUAUUGCCACAAUGAUAAAACAUUAAUUGGACCGCUAACUUUAUGACCCGUUACUAAAAGCAAUCAGCGAUUGAAAAUAAAAAUUUUGAUGAAUUGUGAAAAUGC